UCGUGCAUACACUCCUACCUGCAGGAGCUUUGUUAUUUCAUCUUGAACUUACAGUUAUAUAUUUGAGUUGCUUUGUGACCUCAUGGAAACACAGUCUGAGUGACCAUGAGAAGCCUCAGAGAGAAGGCGUUGACCCGCCACCUUCACAGUUCUGAAACCGAUGGGCUUUUUUAACACGCAACGCAGAGUGAAACUGGCCCUGCAGGUUGUAAGUGUAAUAAGGCCAUCGCAUGCAACAGCAUCUCUGUAAGCCACAAUGCACCAACAGGAAGCUAAGCGCCACCGUCCAACUCUGCAGCUUCCUGCUGUCAGUGUGAGACCAUACUUCAGAGAGAUGAGGACCCUGAGCCUGCUGCUGCUGCUGCUGCUGCAUGCGAGUCUGCAGCUGAAGUGUGACAAGAACACCAUCACAGCUCACAUCGGGGGCGAGUUCCUGCUCUCCUGCAGCUAUGACACCCAGCUGCUGCUCAGCAACAAGUACUGGUGCCAAGGAGAGUCCAAGAGGACCUGCAAGGUGCUGGUGGACUCAGAGGGGAAGAUCGGAACCUCCCAGUGGGCUCACAUCAUAGAUGCACGGAGGAGAGGACUGUUUGUGAGGGUCUUGGGUCUGCAGAGGAAGGACAGCGGGGUCUACUGGGUCGGGAUUGACAAGCCUUACGCUGACAUCAUGACGUCGGUGAACGUGGUCGUCACUGAAGUCCCAGUCUCUAAGCCCCAGCUCCGGCCCCUGAUCUCCCUGAUGGAAGCGUCCACCUGUCAGGGGGGUCCGGUGACGGUGCGCUGUGUGUGUUCACGGGGCUCCGGGGUCCGUUACGCCUGGUACCGACACACACACCCUGAGGACGUCCUGCUGCAGAGCUCGGCAGACCUGCAGCUCACCUGUGUAUCCCUGCAGGAGGACGCUCAGCUCUACUGCAGCGUCAGCAACGCAGUGAGCUCAGAGAGGAGUGAGACCCUCAGAGUGACCGUCAUCACCCCGGCACACACACUCUGCAGCUACGUGGUUCACAUGCAAGACCAAGCUGUGUAUGACUGCACUGUGAGCACCACGGCCAGAACCACCCCCCCGACAACCUGUCACACCACUGAAGAAAUCCAACCUGACAAUCACACCGAGACACACCCGUUCCUCCGAGCGUUUACUGGAGUGCCGCUCUGGUACACGAUGCUGCGUUGGGGUUCGUUUGCAUCCUUGGUGAUUUUUAUCUGCGUGUUUAUUACAUGUGCAAAUGUGACGGACAAGCAUGCGAGGAAGAGGAGGAGGAGGAGGAGGAGGAGGAGGGAUGGGAUCAGAGGAAGGCCGAAGUCCGCCUGCUGAGCUGCAGGUUAAAUCAGCACCGUGACAUGUAUGCAUAUCUUUAAUGACAUGAGAUAAGAGUCUGGGUCAUAAUGCACGUCAGCGUUUAUCAAAGUGAUCAUAAGUGUUAUUUAUUAUAUAAAUGAUAGCUUUCCUCUGAAGCUCACACAUGCAUUACUUAUCUCAGAGCAAAGUGUGCAGACAGCAGCGAUCUGUUUCUGCCAGGGAGGGAUUACUGAUACCAGGACCAGAGACUGACAGGGAUCAGCGGGAAUACCUUACAGGCUGAACAAACACAGAGAGGUCACAAGAGACGCUUGAUGCCCACAAAUAUACACAACACGACGAGGAGAUGCAAACAGACUAAAAAUACUCAUGAAAAGACCACAUAUAGAGAUGAAAUGUCUUUAAGAAGAUGCACCAGGACUUGAAUGUUUGCUCAACAACCAUAAAGAGGCUAAAACACCAAACUGGCCAAAAGGCUCAGGGGGAAUAUCUUACAAAAUGAAACUAAAGAGAGACACAAACAGAGGAUUUAAGCCCACACAUAUUCACAUCAUGGCUCAAAAGAACCUAAAAGGACUCAAAAGUAAUUUAAAACAACCACAAAAGGAUCACAAGGAGAUUAAAUGCACUCACACACACGUGUUAAACAACCAACGAGUCAGAGAUCCCUUAAAAAGGUGCAACCGGAAGAGAAGCACAACAACUAGAGACACAGAAUGACCAAAAGGAAAUGAAAACAAGUAAAACACUGACAAUAAAUGUUGAAAAAUGAUUUCAAAAAGGUGCAAUAUUACUGCAGAGAUGCAUAUUAAAUAAAAAAGUACCACACACAUACACAAAGUGACGAGCAAAAAUGACUGAAAGGAGACGCAAAACAGGAGGUAAAUAACCAAAAAUACAUGAUAAGCAAAGAAACAU